AUGAUCAGUCUAAUGGUGAAGGAAAUUGCACACGCUUCUCCAGGAAACAUGGUACAAAUUGUAAACUUGAUAAAAUCUGACGAGGAGAAAUUGCCUGGAUUGGAUGAACCUGUUGAACCAGUUCAAACACAAGAGGAGGGAAGUCCAAUACAAUCACUAGAAGAGAGUACAAAGGUUAAACAAGAAACCUCGCCAGUGAUCCCAAUGCCUGUCAGUAGAUUUGGACGAGCUGCUGGGUUCCAUGCCUGGAUACUGCUUGCUGUCUUUCACCUAGUCAUGGAUUUUUCUUCUUGUGAAUCGAAGAUGAGGGAUCAGGUUCUUUCUCAAUCUUUUGGGUCACUACACCCAUCACCACGACACCGAGCUGCCGGUGAUCCUCUCUGGGAGUACAAAAUUAGCCGCCAUGGGAGAGUUUCGAAGUCGUGGUUGCACAGAAUGUUCUGGCCUGAGGCUCAUCUUGGACAACAAAGCCCAAACAAGCCAACAGAGGUUCACAAACACAAGAUGGGCACAGGUAGCCUGUGUAUCAACUGUCAGACCAAACUAUCUGUGUCUCACAAAUUGGACCCUCCAGUCUCCAUGGAGACUAGGGAUUCGGUAAAAUUGACCUCCUUGAAAAGGGCAAGAAGGCAGAGUGAUAAUUUUGCAUUUGAUAAUUUUGAAAAACCCAAAUGCACUUCCUAUGACAGUGAAGGAAUAGCAACUGUAAUGCCUUGUGCUAUUGAAUGGGGUCCCACGAAAGAGGAGCUCACGGAGUUCAACAUGUUUUCAACUCCAGCGAGACUUUCCACCACAACGCAGACUUUGCUGUUCCCUACCAGAACUACAACUGCCAGAACUACAACCACCACCACAGCCAGCACCACUACCACCACUAUGCAAAGCACGACCGCCUCACUUAGGAGCCAUAACAUAGUGGUGCCAGGGCCAGCUCUGCUCAGCACAACAGAUCCAAGCCUUAGGUGGGAGCUGUCCAGCACUGCACGACCCUCCCGCAUUGGAGAGACAGGAGGUCUGGCCGUUCAUCAGAUCAUUACCAUCACAGUCUCCCUCAUCAUGAUUGUUGCUGCUUUGAUAACAACACUGGUGUUAAAAAAUUGGUGGGAGCACAGCUGUGCACAAAGUGGGAAUGGCCGCCGAAACAGCCACCAACGAAAGAUCAACCAACAAGAAGAAAGUUGCCAAAACCUCACUGACUUCACUGCGGCCCGAGUUCCAAGCAAUCUGGACAUAUUUACAGCAUACAAUGAGACCCUGCAGUGCUCCCACGAAUGUGUUCGGGCAUCAAUGCCAGUCUAUACCGACCAGGGCCUGCACCAAACCACAGUCUACAAAACCACAUUCAAUGGAAACCGAACACCCCCACCUGAACGGCAGCUUAUCCCAGUGCCCUUCGUAUCGGAGAAAUGGUUUGAAAUCUCCUGCUGACUGGCCGAAGGCUCUUUCUCCUGGGGCGGGCAGACGUCACCUUUCUAAUUCUUGGAUUCCACUGGUGAAUCUGUAAAACACACGGAUGUCGACUUUUUUUUGCACACCCGUAGGACAGGGAGCGAAGAGAAUCUUGUUUAUUUUUGUAAGUGCGGAUGCCAAUAAAGUAACAUUAUUUUAUGAAGAAGAAAGCGUGGAAGAAAUAUUGAAGAAUUGACCGUUUGCCAGAACUGGAAUGGCGUGCAAUGUUGGGUGAGGAGAACUACACAGCAGCCAAAUUCCGAUAAGACAGAUAACCUUUCAGAAGUGUCUAUGGUGGAGAUACAAUCUCAUCAACUCGGAUCCACUACCAACAGUGCCAUUAGAUGCCACGUACUUAGAGACUGCAGGCUGGUACGAUCCACUAACAGUACUUAACUCUUUGAGAAGCAUUUAAUAUUUUUUGUCCUGGAGAAAUAAUAUUUCUUCUUUAUGUAAAUGGGACCCUAAUCAGAAAUGAUAUUUCCUAAAGUAGUGUGUGUUGCUAAAAUUAAGUCUUGGGGCAGUGAUGAGAAACUUGAAUUCAGUAUAUUCCACUUAAAGCAGAGUGUAUAUCGUGUUUAGCAGAGUUAAUCUUUAAAGUCUUCAUAUUCUUGAUUUAUUUCCUAAUCCUCUUUAAGUCCUAAAUUGUUUUCCCAAAGCAUUUGAAGUGAGUUUAAGAAUCUACCCAACCCCUGAGAGAACAUACCAGGGUGAUUCUUCCACAUUCCUGCGGGGGAGAUGUUUAACAUUCUGUGCAGCUCCUUCCACUGGAGAAACUGAUGGGCUUUGAACUUCCAGGAGUCUUUAAGUCCAGAGUGGAGGCAGAUGUUUUGGCAGUGAUAUGAUGGAGGAAUGUGAUGGCCAUACAUGUUGACGACACUGCCGUCACCAUGAACACUGUCACUUUUAUUCCCCAAAUGAAAGGUGAAAAUUCUGAGAACUGAUAAAUUUCCAUCUUAUCAAAGAGAGAAUAAUUGCAAAUAUCAUAUUACACUAGAAGUCUAUUCAUUUAGUUUUCUGAUUGGCUUUUGGUGGAAGUUAAGUUCUAAAAUGCAGACAGAGUCAGCCGUUCCAAAACUCAUACUAUUAAACAUGCUGUACACUCAGAAGGAUUAACUGAUAGUUUCUCAGACUUCAUUGCUGUUUUUAUCAAGUUAUAAAAUGGCAGAGAGAUCAUUUUAACCCUCUGAGGUGCAAAGAACGUUUAAGUUUCUACUGAUGUUUUCUGUCACUUUUAUUUCUUUAAUUGUAUUGUGAAAAUACUUCGAGCUGUGGGACACAGAUCGCAACAUCAAACGUGAAGGAUGAAGAUCUGUUUACGGCCUAUGAAGACUGAAUAACUUGCUCUUUGCAUUGUUUUCUUGUACACCGAUGCUGUUGUUGUCUUGAAUAUGAUUCCUAGCCAUGACAACUGUGGGUUUUACUUUAAGAUUA